ACUCAAUACCAAUGCAAGAAUAUCUCCUCUUCAUAUUCAGGUUUACAAGUGUAGAUGAUGGUGAUGUUAUGGGAGUUCAUUGAUUCAUUAUGAUAUUAUCGAGCAUGUACAGAAGAGAAGUAGAGAUGAAAGAAUGCUAUCCUGUGGAUCAAACUCAUUCAUCCAUUCUGGUUCUUACUCCAAAUGCCCCCGACAUGUACACCUCAGCGCCAAUCUGUCGCGACUCGCUCACGUAUGCUCCGUCUCGCCCUACUUCUUCUGAAGAUCUGCUUCAAGCUUUGCAUUGCACUCUCGGAGGUCCUCGAUGGUCUCGCGGAGAUUUUCUGCAGCCACUAUUUGUAUACCGACGGUGUCUUUGAGGGCGUCGAUCUCGGGCUUCUUGUCGCUGAUAUCCACACUCUUGUCGUUGUCGUUCGUCUUCUUGUCAGUGAACAAACUGGUAUCUUUUCCUUCGAGGACUUCAGGUUCCUUAGUCUUUGUCUCUUUGAGCUCCGCAAGUUCCAAGCUCUUGUCGGCGAAAGCACGUUCCAGACUCGCGGAGUUUUGAUUGAGCCUGCCGAGGUCGGACUCGUAGUCCUUCUGCGCGGCUUCAGACUCUAGUGCGUGUUCCUGCUUCAUCAUGUCGAUUUCGAUCUCAUGGCCCUUCCUCAU